AUGAAUAUCUUUACAAAGACAUGUCGGCGGGUUACGGAGCGCUGCCGUGGGGCUUUAGACAGCUGCGCCGCGGUUUUCGUGGAUUUACGCGGAGUUUUCCAGUCUGAGCUCGUCACCCUGGCGUUCCCCUGCUUCGAUGGCUGUUAUCUCCCCAAGCAAGAAAAUGAAUUUGUUCACAAGGUCCUAGAAGAACUGGACGCCUUUCAACAGAGGGAUGUGGAGAAAAGCGUCCUCCUGUUCCCGGCUCUCCCGAGUCGCCUUCGCUUCCUGAUCCACAAGACUGCCGAAGACCAGCGGAAGCUCUUCACCUUUUCUGUUGGGCAUGCUUGGAGCCGCAGAGUGGCAGUGUGUUACUCCCACCUCAGGCUACCAUCUGAAGAGGUCAGCAGUGACACAGACGGUAGCUUGCAUGAGCUGCCUCAAGGCUGGAGCAAGGAGCCGAGGGGAAGGUCCAGGGGACCCAAGAGGCCGGAUAAGGCCAUCUAUGUGCCCCGGGCCCGGAGGCAGGUGGCGCGCGAGAGCCCGGAGCAGCCCAGUCAUACCAGUUCUGACUGCUGUCACAGCCUCAGCAUCGUCGAGGAGUCCAGCUCCGACACCACAGAACCACCUGCAGCCAAUCACAAGCCAGGACCGGACAUCACCAAUGAAUCAGUGGGCGAGCAGGACGUUUUUAUGCAGAUUUUGGCGUCUGAGCCCUGCCCCUGGCCUCCUGCCUGGGACCAGACUGCGACUUACUUCAUGGCGAUGAGCCUGCAGGAUCAGGGCGAGGAAGACUGUAGUAGCAGUAGUGCCUUGCCUACCGAAUCACAGUCACAGACGCAGAACAAAGAUCACACAGAUGAUUUCUACCCUGAGAUCAUCGCCCGUCUGAAGGUAGGGGAGGUGGAGGUGGUGGAGGCCUCGAAUGACUACUCCAGCUUUGAGAACGUGUGCCUCGACCACGACCACUUUGCCCACGUCAUCGAGAUCUAUGACUUCCCAGCCAUGUUCAAAACGGAUGACCUGCUGGAUGCUUUCACAGACUACAGUGAAGGGGGCAUAAAGAUUAAGUGGGUGGACAACACUCAUGCGCUCGGCGUCUUCUCAAGUGCAUCUGCAGCCACACAGGCCCUGUCGAUACGACACCCACUGCUGAAGACGAGGACGCUGUCUGAGGGGAGUAAGAAGGCUAAGGGCAAAGCCAUGAGACGCGCAGAGUUCAUCCAGCCGGUGAAGGCAAGACCCCAGACAGACGCGGCCGUAGCCAGGAGGUUGGUUACCCGAGCUCUGGGCUUGGGGGGGGGCUCCAGAGGAAAACGCUACUGACGCAGACUAAGGUAGCGCCCCGUCCAACAGGACAAAAUCACUGAGAGCUGUGCAGAUGUGUCCCCGCUCCCAGCGUUCUCUAGCCCUGCUCCAGUAAAGUAGCCCAGCUGUUCACAUUAACCUUUGUCCUGCUGUUUCUGUUCUGACAUACACCUCUACUCCAGUACCGCUGUCAGCUGGAUCACGUGUUCUGCUCCCCACUUAAUUCUGAUUUGUGAAUAAACCACUCAGUUCGACCAAUUGAAAUGAAAAGCACAGCUAAGGUGUAGCUAAACGUACACACAUGCCGUGAUUUAAAGCUCUCAGGUGAUUUGUCACGUCUCACACAGUGAAGAAAUGCCCUAUGGUGACGUUUCGACACCUGUAGCCAUCGCGAUGAACUGUCCCCCACUCACGGUGAGGUUUAAAGACCCUUGUAGGUUGGCGUUUUGGGGCAAAACCGACUGCAUGUCCAUAAACUGGAACAAAGGUUAUUUUUCCUUAUUUGCAUUUAAUCGUGUCACUUUAUUAGAAGUACAGUGUGUCUUUCACAGACUUUUUUUUGUUGUUGUUUUGUGUGUUAAAACAAUAAUUUGUGAAUGAUGCUCAGAUGAAAAAUGUUGAUUGUUUAAAAAAAGUCAUCUGUAAAUCUUUUAAUGCAUCAACAGUAACUACUACAGUAGGGUAUGACCUGGGACCAUCUGCAGUGGUAAUAACUAGCUCAAGUGUUGAAUCACAUCUACAUGGGGUUCCUUUUAUCAAUAGUGUUGUUAUUUUAUAUUACGGCCAUGUCCCAGUCAUAGCUGCACAUGUGGGUACAGCUGUGCUGAAUUUUGUAAUGUCACAACUGUUUUUUCUUAAUACAUUUGUUAUGUUGUUUGGUUCUAUUUGAUUAAACAUCUCUCUUUAAAAAAAAUAAAGUUUGUUCUUAUGAGAAACUAAAA